ACAUUGUUAAAUAUAGUUUAGUACUGGGCAGCGCUUGGGAAACUUUUGUUCGUUUAAAAACAUUAUACUCUCAUGUUUUCUUUAUAUAGUAUGUGUAUGAAGUUUGUUCAAAAUCUUCUACAGUUCAUUUAUAUUCUCUUCCUGCUCCUAAUCAGUUUUUUUAUAUCUUCAACAUUUUGUCUAUUCUCUUUUCUUAUAUUAUCUAAACACUUUUGUGUUCAAAUUCAAAUUCCCAAGCGUCUUUAGCUGCCCAGAUACUAACCCAGAUCGAUGAAGAGCCUAUCAAAAAUUUGCGUUUAUGGUAUGGACAAUCCCCAGGAUAUGUAGUCGGAGUUUUAGUUAAAACUUGAUCUAAGAGAAGGCAAAGAAAGUUUUAGGUCGAACAUGAUAAUAAUUAAAAACAAAAAAAAAAAACCAAACUUAUAUAACUGAAUUACGUAAUAAUGAUGCAUAUGUGUUUUGUAAACUUAAAUAAUGGACGUAAUGUGCAAAGUUUUAGGGAUCGCUAAGCGGUUCGAUUAAAGUACAUAGAUCGUAUUCGAGCUGUGGACGAGCCCUAAUAGCGUAAACCUAAACUCAACGAUAACUUAAAACGGAACUCAAAGUGGUCAACUCUCUUUUUACCAAUAUAUAUAUAUAUAUAUAUAUAUGUGUAUACCAAUAAUACCAACUAUCUAUAUCAAAACUAAAUUUAACGAUUUGCUAAUCAAAAUAUUUGAUGCCUUAAAUGAUUUUUAAAAGUUUUAAGAACUUGAUUUUUAUAAUAGAAAGCAAGUAGGUGUUGCAAAAGGCACGAAAUGCGAUCUGCUAAGCUUGUAGAUAACACUUAAAAGUCCAUUAUAUUUUAACUAAAUAUAUGUAAUACUAUAUCUGUGCCCCAUAGCAUAGAAUUUUAAAUUGUAAUUUACACCAAGCAAGUGUACGAAAUAUUACUAAAAAUAAUAAAAAAGAAUUUUAUAAAACAUUUCAAAGAAAUGAGCUUAGCAUUUCUUUCAAAUUAAUGAAGUGCCAGAAACGCACCCGUAAAAAAUAUAAAUAAUCAUAAUCGUGGGAUAUAUUGAGGAAAGCUUUGUCAAAACAGGUUCUGAAAUAUUACGUUAAGUCAUCACAGCUGUUGGAUUCAAUUGUAAACGGGUUGGUAACAUCGGCAGUUCUCUCAAAUCGUAUAAAAGCCCUUGCCAAGAUUCGGUUCAGGACACAGAAGUCAAACAACUCGAAGUCGAAGAUGAUGGGAAAGGUGCUCCUUUUGGUUUUGGCCACAGUGCUGCUGUCUUCCGUAUUUGUCACAGCGCAGGUGAAGCCAAGUACAGAGAUCGGUCGGGUUACUGUCCAAGUGCCGUUGCUGUCGAAUGGAAAGCCCGUUAUGACCCAGGAUAAGGAUAAGGAUCGGGUGGAGGUGGCGCAUGUGGUGGAGCUGAAACCGGGCAAGGUGGUAGGCGAGGAAGUGCUGGUGCCACCCACAGUUAAAGUGCCGCAGGCCAAGGUGCGAAAUAUGAGAGCUAUUGUCGAAACGGUGAAUCCCGGAGUACCCAAUCAUAAUAUACCCAAUUCUGGCGUACCAAAUCAUGGUAUACCGAAGCCGGGAGUCGAAAACCACAGCUUGCCCAAUCCUAGCGUAUCCAAUGUAGGUAUCACCCAACCAGGAAAUCCACAUUCCGGCACACAAAGUCCCGCCUCGGAAGUUCAACCAGUUGUCGUUCCACCACCUAGUACCACGCAUACACCAGAUGUGUCGACCACGCGCAUGCCAUCCAAGAACUGUCAUCAGCUGCUGUUGGCUGGCACCACAGGCCCAUCCAUUGGGUUGCCAGUUCCGCCAACUCCCGUGGAGAGCUGCGAUAGGCUGUGCACCAAAUUUGAGCUGAAUCCGAUUUGCGCCCACAACGGCAUCUGCAUCCAUGAGUUUCCCAAUCAAUGCAUCAUGGACACCUUCAAUUGUAAGCAUCGCGAUUUGUCCUUCCGUGCCGUGGAUGAGGAUAUCUGCCGCAUGGGCUUGUGCGCUCGUCGCUGCAAAGAGGAGGAUCUUAAGAUGUGAGCUUGGUUGGUGCCUGAAACCAUUUACAAUUUCUCACAUAAAAAUAAUACAUUUCAUAAUAAACAAUAAUAACAAUUGCAAUUGAAAAUAUACUUCUGGCAAACAGCAGCUAAAACCCGAUAUUUUCUUUAAAUAUUUGUUCUCGUUCGGGGUAUUAUAAUUUGGUCACGAAAUAUAUUUGUUUUAUAUAAGAAGUAAUUAGCUUUCUCAAAACACUUAGUAUGUAUGUUUUAGUUGUUUAUUUAUAUAUAAUACAUUUAUAUAAUAUUUAUAAUUGAUCACUAUGAACGAAGUCGAUGUAACCAUGUCCGCUUGUCUAGUCUCACAGUUAUCAAGCUAUUCUAAUUAAAUUCUCUUUAUAUAUAAUA